GGGGUAAACUUUAAAAUAUGAAAUACAGCCACAAAGACAUAUACACUGGAUGGUAAUUUAUAUCUUUCUGGAUGAAUAUAAAUUCAAAGUCGUACGUAUGACGAUUUAUUCUGUUGCCGUUAUUGGGGAAUGUCUUCUAAGAAGAGUAGGAGUUCAUCCAUUACCAACUUAACGAUAUCUUUAUCUGGCUACAAUAAUCGGUAUCCUGCAUCUCCAAGUUAUCUGGCUGGGUUGAAAAUGAAAAUGAAUGAUAUAAACACAGAGUUGGAUGAUUGGCCCACACACUGUGCCUUUUUUGACAAAGAUACAAAUUUUGACAUGGGGCCAUAUUUAAGACAUGAAAAUGGCAACAGAGAAAUUCAAAAGCUGGAAGAUGGCAUUAAUUUACUAGCUACAAAAUACACUCCUUUGUAUCAUAAAUUUUUAAAUAUGAUAAAGGAUCCACCCAGGAACUCCUCAGAACAAAACGUGUCUGAUGUGGUAAUAAAUAUGGACAAGCUACCAAGUACAUUUGAUGAAGAAGUUGCAGUGAUACCUGUCACAAGUCUGGAUAUCCCAGGACAUGGUGGUGCUCUAAGACACAAGCAUAACUGGCGCAAAGUCCAAAGCCCUCUUAAGGAGGAGAUUGUACAGGUGUCAGGAGACUGGGCACACACUGUGAAGAAUUCUCCAUGUGUGGGGCAUGAUGACGUCCGUAUAGAGAUCUUACCCAGUCCUGACAUGAUGCCAGAUGAACCACACGUAUCCCAAAACUCUCUCCUCACUUCAGUUAGGAAACAACUCAGCAUACUAUUUUCUAAGAAUGGCAAAAGGCGUUUCGAGCGGGAAAUAUAUGUAUAAAUAAAUUAAUUAUUUUUGUCAAGAUAUAUUCAAUAUAUUUAAAUGUACCUCAUCAGUGAAAUAAUCAUUAUUCUAGUCUAACAGCAAAGAGUUGUUUGAAUUUCACAGAAUAAGUUUGUUAAAAUCAAUAUUUUCCGGAUUCAGUAAAUUAUUUUGUGUAUGCAA